GUUUGUUUUGUUUACGAAACGUCAUUUAACGCUGCGGCUUGUUGCGAUCAGUGCACCCAUGUUAAACACUUGCGUGCUUGCGUGAUGAUCUUAUCCAGAAAUGUUGGAAAGUGAGCCAGAGAAGCGAAUUACAUCUACAGAUGUCACUCAGCAACUCAAACCAACCAAAAUGUCAAUCUUCAAUAAAGAUACCUAUCCAAGUGUUGAAGAAAUCAAAUUACUGAUUCAGGAAGGAAUGGAUAUUAACUUAGUAGAUGAAAAAGGACUGACUCCACUUCUACAUUUGGCAGAUCCGGAAAAGAAUGGCAAUGAAAAUUUGGUGGAAAUAGUUCGCAUACUAAUCCAGAAUGGGGCUGACGUCAAUUCUAAGAACAAAGACGGAAAGAAUGUUCUGCAUUUAUUAUGUGGACAUUAUCAAAAAGAAGAUCUAAUUGAUUUGAUAAUCCUUUUAAUUGAAAACGGAAUAGAUAUCGAUUCGAAAUCAUUUAAUUCAGAGAAUGCACUCUUUUAUCUAUUUAAAAGUGACGUAAAAAACGUCGUACGAGAUGAAAUUGUAAAACUGUUACUUCGCCAUGGGAUUCAGUUCAGUGAGAAAUACUAUAAAAUGCUACGAAAAAGCGGAAUGGAGAAAAGACACGAUCAAUUGAAUGUGCUUAAAUACAUGGCCAAAGAUGGAAUAACUUUUGGAUGGCAUCCUAAUUGUGGCAGCUGUUGUUAUAUUCUGUCAAUUGAGGAAAGUUAUCGAAAACAAGUGAUACACCACACAAUGCGUGAGGACACGUUCAUAGCCUACCAUAUGAUACUAGGGCAUUUAGAAAAAUGGGAGAAAUCCAAUGAAAAAUCUGCUCCAACUCAUCAGGAAGUACAAAAUACAGCAAAAAGAUUAUGUGAAAAGGCUGAAAAACACUUUCUUGCCCCUGAAGAUAAAGAAUGCUUCAAGACAAUGAUACAAAUUUCAAAAGAAGUUAAAACAAAAGAGACAAAUCUUUUUCAAUGCGACCAGUAUGAGCAUUACAUGAGAAGUUUGAAUCAUAUCGCUGGUUUACUCGGAGCUGAAAUAUCAAAGAAACAAAUUGAUUUUUAUUAUCUUCUUACAUUUGAUUACCCAUUGUUGCUGCCCCUAGAUAAAAAGGAUAACCCUGUUUUUGAAAAAGCACUAAGGGAAUGGGAUCAAAUACCUUUCACUUGGAUGCACAAGCCAGGAGAUGUCUACAGGGGAAAAGAAUUAAAAGAAGUUUGUAUGAUGGGCCUUUAUUCACCAUUGAAUGAUUCUCUAAAUUGUCACGGGCAACAACAGAAAAAUUUAAACAAACUAACAGUGAAUUAGAAUGAAAAAUACUGUUAGGGAUGUUAAGCUUGAUUUAAUGUGCCCUGUUGAAAUUGUUUUGAGAGUUUUGGGAAGAAGGAAAAUUUGGGGUUAUAAAAUACAUUUAUUUUAUUUCUCA